CUACGGACCAUGUUACGUAUGCAUUAGCCGGGUAGCCACAGGAAUAUAGCACUCAACUAUGGAGACUCUCUUCAGCUUACCGUUUACUGUACUGGAAUGUCCGAACAUCAAACUUAAAAAACCGUCAUGGCUACAUAUGCCUUCUGCAAUGACUGUAUAUGCUGUCGUGAUUGUUUCAUAUUUUCUCAUUACUGGUGGCAUUAUAUAUGAUGUGAUCGUUGAACCUCCGAGUGUCGGAUCAAUGACAGAUGAACACGGGCAUCAGAGGCCAGUGGCUUUUCUAGCGUACAGGGUGAAUGGGCAGUACAUCAUGGAGGGGUUGGCCUCCAGCUUUCUCUUCACCAUGGGAGGCCUUGGCUUCAUAAUUCUGGAUCGCUCUAAUGCGCCCAACAUUCCCAAGCUCAACCGUUUCCUCCUACUCUUCAUCGGCUUUGUCAGUGUGCUGCUGAGCUUUUUUAUGGCUAGAGUCUUCAUGAGAAUGAAACUACCUGGCUAUCUCAUGGGUUAAAGCUGCAAUAUCGCACAUGCUACAGGCAGAGAUGAAAGAGAACAUACAGAAUACCAUGUUUCAGUGCCAAGGAAUACAGUCCUAAUCAAACUCUGAUCAAUUCAUUCCAUUGGCAGAAUGUCCCUCACUCACUUUUUUUUUUUUUUUUUUUUUU